AUGUCUGGAAAGAAUCCCGAAAUGACGCGACAGGGUCAUGAAUUGGCCCCCUUGAACUCCAGGAACGGGCCUGAUGGUACAGGAAAACCCGGUGUGACGAUUGUGUUGCAGGGACCGAGGGGCUCUAUCAUUUCUAGGGGUAGCGGAACAACCCAGGAGCCGGACAGGGCGACCUGGUCGGGGAAAAUGCAGUUCUUCUUGUCAAUUAUCGGAUAUUCCGUGGGGUUGGGAAAUAUUUGGAGGUUCCCUUACCUAUGCCAACAGAAUGGAGGGGGUGCAUUUUUAAUACCAUUCAUAAUCAUGUUAGUUUUGGAAGGCAUUCCUCUGUUUCUGAUAGAACUGGGAAUUGGGCAGAAACUCAGACUGGGAUCGUUGGGAGUGUGGAACACUAUCCAUCCCUGGUUAGGCGGGAUUGGAAUUUCUUCCUGUAUAGUUACGUUUUUUGUAGCACUAUAUUACAACGUUAUUAUUACAUGGUGUUUUUACUAUUUAUUCAGUAGUUUUACGAUUGGCGAACUUCCAUGGAGUAGAUGUCCCAAUGGGACCGACGCAUUGGCGAUGGAGUGUGAAAAAUCUUCAGCAACCAAGUUCUUUUGGUAUCGUAUGACAUUAGACGCGUCUCCUAAUAUCGAAACUCCUGGGUUGCCAAAAUGGUGGAUAGUGUUGUGUCUUCUACUUUCUUGGAUUGUCGUAUUCUUCAUCGUUAUGAAGGGGAUCCAGAGCUCAGGAAAGGUAGUCUACUUUACAUCAAUGUUUCCAUAUAUAGUACUGACUAUAUUCUUCAUUCAAGGAUUAACUUUAAAGGGUGCUGGUGCUGGUAUUACUCAUAUGUUAACACCUAAGGUGGAGAAGUUAUUACAACCAAAAGUUUGGUUAGAUGCUGCCACUCAGGUGUUCUAUUCCUUCGGUCUGGCUUUUGGAUCUUUAAUUGCUUUCGGGUCAUACAAUAACCCAAAAAAUAAUUGCGUGAGAGACGUCAUUUUGGUGUCAGUGUGUAACGCACUGACUGCUAUAUACGCCAGCGUUGUGAUCUUCAUUAUUUUAGGCUUCAAGGCUAUGACCAACGUAGACAAUUGUAUCAAAGACAAUAAUAACCUGCUAAUUACCUACAACGUUUCAAACAUUACGGUGCCAGAUGGUUCAUUGGAUUUCAUAUUCCAGAAAAAUUUAAAAUAUUCAAUGGCAAAUGAUAUAGGCCUUAGAAAUUGUUCCUUAGAAAAGGAAUUGGAGGAGGCCGCAGAAGGUACUGGUUUGGCCUUCAUUGUAUUUACUCAAGCUAUAGUCGAACUUCCAGGAGCACCUUUUUGGGCAAUAAUAUUUUUUAUGAUGCUUCUCUCAUUGGGAAUUGGCUCCCAAAUAGGGAUUUUGGAGGGAAUGCUUUGUACGGUGUUUGAUAUUGAGAUUUUUAAAAGGAUCGAUAAAAAAUAUAUAACAGCAACUGUGUGCAUUAUCUGCUUCUCUGUGGGCAUAAUUUUCACAACGGGUGCUGGAGAAUACUGGCUGACUAUGUUCGAUUCGUUUGCGGGCACCAUUGGCCUCGUCGUGGUGGCUUUCAUGGAGAUGAUAGCCGUAAUCUACGUCUACGGUCAUGAGAAAUUCACGAAGGACAUCCAGGAUAUGACAGGCGUCAAACCAGGAGCGUAUUGGCAGAUCACUUGGAAAUACUUAGCACCGGGUAUAAUGGUGGUAAUUUUGGUAUCUUCGAUUGUAUCUAUGAUCAUACACCAUCCGGAAUAUAAAGGCUGGAAUAAAGAAAAGGGGGACGUAGACGUAAUUCCGUAUCCGAACUGGGUGCUAGGUAUAGCAAUAUCAAUGGUCCUGGCUGGCAUCCUGCCUAUACCCAUUGUAUUUCUAUUGAGACGAUAUCAAUGCUUAAAAAUGGACAUCAACAUACACGAAGGAUCCAUCAGAAGAAUUGAUACAACAGUUUCUACAAAAGAAAUGAUUACCGAUGUUGAUCUCAACGAGGACGACGAUAUCGGGGCAUAUCACGAUUUAGAUUCAGACGAUGAUGAGGGGCCCCGAAUGAACGCCGAUCCUGCCUGCUUCCAUAUGGAAGUAGUCGACGAUUAUUGA